ACGCGGGGUACAGAAAGCUUACUUUGAAAGAAAUGCAGCAAAAGCAAUAUCCUUUCUUAGACUCUGACGUCUCCGGGAUAUUUGAUGAUCUACUUAGAGAAGGACUUAUCGAAUUGCCAGAGAUGAAAAGGCCAAAUGAAGCUGGACAAACUGAUGAUCCAAAGUACUGCAAAUAUCAUCGACUGGUCGGACAUCCCUAUACAUGAUUGCUUCAUCUUCAAGGAUAAAGUUAUGCAAUUAGAACAACAGGGGAAGAUAUCACUUGAAGAGGAUAAGUCCACCGCCAAUCUUGUCACUAUUGAGUCCAACAAUAUGGUGGAGGGUGUUGAAAUCUUGCAUGACUCAGUUCGCCAAGAAGAAGAUAGAGUUGAAUCAAAUGUUGUUGAAGAGAAUGUCUUCGCGAUAACAUUCUCCGAUGAAGAUUUGGAACUUGGUGCCGAACCUCACAAUAGGCCAUUAUUUGUAAGUUGUUACACUCAUGAGCAAAAGGUGAACAGGAUACUCAUCGAUGGAGGGUCUGCGGUCAAUAUCUUGCCCUUAAGAACACUUAAUGAGUUGGGAAUUCAAGUGGGUGAGCUUUCAAGUAGUCGGUUGAUGAUCCAAGGAUUCAACCACGAAGGACAAAGAGCCCUUGGCAGCAUAAGGUUAGACUUAUUGAUUGAAGAUAUGAACUCAACCGCACUGUUCCAAGUAAUUGAUGCCAAGACGUCUUACAACAUGCUCCUUGGUCGACCAUGGUUGCACGAAAAUGGUGUAAUCCCUUCAACACUGCAUCAAUGUUUCAAGUAUUGUCGAGACGGCGUGGUAAAGAAAAUAAUUGGAGAUCAUAAGCCCUUUACAGAAGCUGAAUCAUACUUGGCCGAUGCAAAGUACUAUAUGAAAAAAGCAAAAGUUGUGAAUGAUGUCCAAAUUGAAAGUUUGAAAAGGCCAGAAGAUAGUCAUGAGAACAAGCCAGAACUAUCCAUCACUAAAUCUUUAGAAGGACUUACCAUGCCUUUGACCAAGAUUGAUAUUGGAAAGCCAAUGCCUCCACCGCUUGAAGGAUUUGUUCGACCAAAGCAAAGCGCUGCAAUUGAGCAUGGAGAACUAUCUGAUUGUGAAAUCACAAAGUGUUUCGGUCCAAAAGCAUAUGGACUCCUUGUUAAAGCUGGAUAUGACCCACAGAAAUGUUCCAAGUCAGAAUCUCCUACAAAAACCACAAGUAAGAAAGAGCACGAUGGUAACACUAGCGAAAGGAUGUUGAAAAAGAAUGUUCCAAUUGGCCAAAACACGAAGAUGGGAUUGGGAUUCACUCAUCAAAACCCCAUUCGCAUUGCCAUCAAAAGAGCAACUACAAACCAUAUUGUCGAGGGGGAAGUGCCAAUUCAGCGAGUAUCUGCCUUCAAGAGGCUUCACUAUGAAGAGGUCCCGCGAACAUCGGUUUUCAAGAGGCUAGGCAAGAAGAUGAAGCAUGGUGCACCAAAAGGAAAUGAUGAGUUGCAAAUGACCCGAAAGUUACGAAGUCUUGUGCCUUCUCGUAUGAAAAGAUGCACCACAUUGUCGGUUUCUUGUGGAAGGGAAUUGAAAGCCAAGAUAAAAACUGUUGUCUUUACAAAGACAAUCAAAGAUGACGAAGAUAGAGAGAGUGUGGACUCUUCCAAAACAAGGACUCUUGAGGAUGAUAGAGAGAGUGUGGACUCUUCCAAAACAAGGACUCUUGAGGAUGAUAGAGAGAGUGUGGACUCUUCCAAAACAAGGACUCUUGAGGAUGAUAGGGAAAGUGUGGCAUCAUCCUAUUACAUUACCAACAUUGCUUCUCUCAUGGUUCAAGACCAAUCAAUCAGGGAUGGCGUAAUUAGAUCAAGUGACGUGAAGGGCAUAAUUCAUGUGAAACGAAGGAAUGAAACGAUGAAGACAUGCAUAGCCUUUGAAGACCCCGAGCAAAGAAGUGAAGUCGUCUCAUCAAAUCAUAUCACCCUAAGUGAAGAGGUGAACAUGGAAGAAGAAGACGCUGAGAUGGCUCCUCAGCAGUUUGAAGAAGGCGUUAAGUCCACCAUUGAUGAGCUAAAAGAGAUUAACUUGGGUACCAUUGAUGAGCCACGACCCACUUUCAUUAGUGCAUUAUUGACAAAAGAUGAGGAAUGUGCAUAUGUUGAAUUGCUUAAAGAAUAUAAAGACAUAUUUGCAUGGUCAUACAAAGAAAUGCCAGGGUUAAGUCCAAAGGUAGCUGUACAUCAUUUGGCUGUCAAAAGGGAUUCACGUCCCGUCAAGCAAACUCAACGACGAUUUCGACCCGAGUUGGUGCCGAUGAUUGAAGCCGAAGUGAACAAGCUCAUUACUGCCGGAUUUAUCAGAGAAGUCAAGUACCCAACAUGGAUCUCUAGUAUUGUACCAGUACGAAAGAAGAAUGGACAGAUUAGAGUGUGUGUCGACUUUAGAGAUCUAAAUGAAGCAUGCCCUAAAGAUGAUUUUCCUCUACCAAUUGCUGAGUUAAUGAUUGAUGCAACCACGGGACAUGAGGCACUAUCUUUUAUGGAUGGAUCAUCAGGCUAUAACCAAAUUCGCAUGUCGUCAAAAGAUGAAGAGUUAACGGCAUUUCGUACUCCUAAAGGAAUUUAUUGCUACAAAGUAAUGCCAUUCGGAUUGAAAAAUGCUGGUGCUACAUAUCAAAGAGCCAUGCAGAAAAUCUUUGAUGAUAUUCUUCAUAAGAAUAUUGAGUGUUAUGUGGAUGACGUGGUGGUGAAGUCUAGAAGACGAAGCGACCAUUUACAAGAUUUGAGGAUGAUCUUCGAGAGAUUGAGAAAGUACCAGUUGAAAAUGAAUCCAUUAAAGUGCGCUUUUGGAGUAAAGUCUGGCAAAUUUCUUGGGUUCAUCGUCCGCCACCAAGGCAUAGAGAUUGAGCAGGCGAAGAUAGAUGCAAUAUUGAAGAUGCCAGAACCACGAAACAUCCAUGAUUUGAAAAGUCUUCAAGGAAAGUUAGCAUAUUUGCGAAGGUUCAUCUCGAAUCUAGCCGGGCGAUGCCAACCAUUUAGCCGAAUCAUGAAGAAGGGCAUACCUUUUGAAUGGGAUGAGUCAUGUAGCAAUGCUUUUAAAAGCAUCAAAGCCUAUUUGAUGAAACCCCCGGUUUUGGCUGCACCUGUAGCAGGCCGUCCUUUGAUUCUGUAUAUUGCUGCUCAAGAACGUUCGAUGGGAGCAUUACUUGCACAAGAUAACGAAAAUGGGAAAGAGAAUGCUCUAUACUAUUUGAGCAGGACAAUGACGCCAAAUGAGUUGAAGUAUUCUCCAAUUGAAAAGUUGUGUCUGGCUUUGAUAUUUUCCAUCCAAAAACUCAAACAUUAUUUUCAAGCUCAUUCGGUGCGUCUUAUCUCUAAGGCAAAUCCAUUGAAGUAUGUCAUGUCAAGACCGGUUUUAUCCGACAGACUUGCACGAUGGUACCUCCAGUUGCAACAAUUUGAAAUCACAUAUGUUCCUCAAAAGGCCGUGAAAGGACAAGUGUUGGCAGACUUCUUAGCAGAUCAUCCUAUCCCCGCCGAAUGGGAAUUAACUGACGAUCUCCCAGAUGAAGACGCACUUGCAAUUGAAAUCUCCCCACCUUGGACAAUGUAUUUUGAUGGAGCAUCUCAUCAGGAUGGAGCCGGUGCAGGAGUUGUGUUCGUGUCACCAGAAAGACAAGUGUUGCCAUAUUCUUUCACCUUGACCGAAAAUUGUUCAAACAAUGUAGCAGAGUAUCAAGCGCUCAUUCUUGGUUUGGAAAUGGCAAUGGAUGCAAAGCAGCUACACUUGAAGGUUUAUGGAGACUCCAAAUUGGUAGUGAAUCAAAUCAUCGGAUUAUAUGAAGUCAAGAAACCGGAUCUGCUCCCAUAUGUCAAAUAUGCCCAAAAACUCAUUGGACAAUUGGGGGACGUCGAACUUAAGCAUGUCCCGAGAAGUGAGAAUAAACAAGCUGACGCAUUGGCGAAACUUGCCUCUACAAUAGCCAUGGUUGGAGGAGAAGUUGCUAUACCAGUUUGCGAAAGUUGGGUCAUACCACCUGUCUUCGAAGAUGAGGAUUGUGAAGAGAAUGAAACCAACGCUGUUGAAGUCUUCGAGAUAGAAGAAGAAGAAGAUUGGCGCCAAUUGUUGGUAGAUUACCUGAAAUACGACAAGUUGCCAAGUGAUCCACGUAGAAAAGUUGAUAUUCGGCGACGCGCCACUCGUUUCAUAUUCUUUAAAGGAACACUUUAUAGGAGGUCUUUUGAUGGAGUCUUCCUAAGGUGCUUAAGCAAUGAAGAAGCUAUCAAAGCUAUGGAAGAAGCGCAUUCUGGUGUCUGUGGCGCUCACCAAUCGGGACCUAAGCUACACUUUCGAAUCAAAAGAAUGGGUUACUAUUGGCCAACUAUGGUAAAGGAUUGCUUGGAUUUUGCACAGAGAUGUCAAGCUUGUCAAUUCCAUGCAAACCUUAUUCAUCAGCCGCCUGAGCCACUACAUCCCACAGUCGCGUCUUGGCCAUUUGAUGCUUGGGGCAUGGAUGUUGUUGGCCCGUUGACGAAAUCAUCAGGGGGACACUUAUACAUUUUAGCUGCGACUGAUUACUUCUCUAAGUGGGCAGAAGCACUACCCUUAAAAGAAGUAAAGAAAGAAACUGUUGCUGAUUUCAUCAAGACCCACAUCAUCUACCGCUAUGGAGUUCCCCGAUAUAUCAUUACCGAUAAUGGAACACCUUUCAGCAAUGCGUUGAUAAAUAAACUUUGUGAGAAAUUUGGGUUCAAGCAGCGAAAGUCAUCCAUGUAUAAUGCGCCUGCUAAUGGAUUGGCGGAAGCUUUCAACAAAACCUUGUGCAAUUUGUUGAAGAAGGUGGUUGCGAAGACAAAGCGUGAUUGGCACGAAAGGAUUGGAGAAGCAUUAUGGGCGUACAGAACAACUCAUAGGACUCCAACACAAGCUACUCCUUAUUCAUUAGUCUAUGGUGUAGAAGCUGUUAUUCCCCUCGAGCAGCAGAUCCCCUCGCUAAGGAUUGCCAUACAAGAAGGCUUGACCGAAGAAGAAAAUGCUCGUCUGCGCUUGGAAGAGUUAGAAGCAUUGGAUGAGAAGAGACUGGAAGCUCAACAAAGAUUGGAGUGCUAUCAAGCUCGAUUGUCAAAGGCUUUCAACAAGAAGGUACGACCGCGCUCUUUCCAAGUUGGAGAUUUGGUGCUUGCAGUGAGAAGACCGAUUAUCACCACUCAUCGUGUUGGAAACAAGUUUGUAUCAAGAUGGGAUGGCCCAUAUGUCGUCAAAGAAGUCUACACCAAUGGGGCAUAUAAGCUGCUUUCGGAAGACAAUGUGAGAGUUGGACCCAUAAAUGGGAAGUUCUUGAAGCGCUACUAUCCCUAAAAAAAAAAAAAAAGAAAAAAAAAAAGAAAAAAAAAAUGAAGACAGCUCCGUGACGCACGAGCCUAAACUGCAUGUUACUCCUGGCCCAUAUGAGUAUAAACUAUGCACGGCACCCACCAAAGAAAGUGUAUGUGGUUAAACUGCUAAACUUCUCCCACCAAAAGGUAAACUAUGUGGCUAAACUAUUAUAUGCCCCACUUUGUCUAUAUAGUGGUAAAAUAAAUAGUCACUCCUGGCCCGCAAGAGUAUAAACUGUGUACGGCCCCCCCUCCAAUCAAAAUUCAAGUUGAUCUUUGAACUACGUUUUGACUUGAUCCCUUUCAAAAGGGUACGUAGGCAGCUUAGAUAU